AUGAGCAAACCUGUAGUUGGCAAAACGACGCCACCAAGAUUAUUGAGCAGAUUAAUACGUUCAAUGGUUCAGUCGAACAGUAACAAGGAUACUAUUAAUAUAUCAGCGUUUAAAACAUGGACUUCACAUUUAAGCUCAUCAUGGAACACAGUUGAACAAUUAAAAAUGUUACAAGCAAAAUUAAUGAACCAAAUUGAAGUUGAAGGUACCAUGACGAAUGAAAUGGUUAAUGAUGAGUUAAAUCAGUGGAGUUUCUAUAACAAUAACACGAGUACAGUGACUAUCCCGACAUUGUUAUUGCAUGGAUAUGCUGCUUCAUCCAUGUCAUUUUAUAGAACUUUUGCUCCAUUAUCUAACAAUUUUAAAAAUCUUUAUGCAAUAGAUCUACCAGCUAAUGGAUUGUCAGUAGCGAUACCUUUGAAAAUUACUAAACAGAGAAAGAGACUUUAUGAAGUUAAAUAUAAAGAAAAUAAUAAAUUUUCAAUUUCUUAUCCAGUACCUAUAGAAGAGCAAAAACCAUUAAUUGAACAAUAUGAAAAUUAUUAUCUUGACGCAAUGAGAUCUUGGCAGGUAGCAAACAAUAUUGAAAAAUUUAACCUAGUCGGACAUUCAUUCGGUGGAUAUUUUUCCUUCAAAUAUGCACUAAGAUUUCCAGAUUCUAUAAAUAAGCUUUGUUUGGUAUCUCCAUUAGGUAUGGAAAGUAACAUAUUUUCCAUUCAUAAUAAAUUUGAAGAGAAUAAGAUAUAUAACGUUAAUUUGACUGAUCCAACAAGUCCAUUUUAUGGUAAAAAAUUUCAAAUUCCUAAUUAUUUAUUUGAAAACCAAUUAGACGUCAUACGGAAGCUUGGUCCCUUUGGUGCUAGAUUAUGUUGGAAUUAUAUCCUUUCUGCAUAUAAAAGAGUUCCAUCCAUGGAAUAUAAAGAAUAUUUAUUUGAAUUAUUUUAUGGUAAUCGUCAAGUAUCACCCAUUUUAUGUGAACUUUUCACAAAUUUAUUAACUAGAAACUUAUUAGCAAGAGAUCCUAUCUUAGAUUCUAUAGACCAAUUACAACUAUCCAAUGUAUUAGUUAUGUAUGGUGAACACGAUUGGAUGAAUCGAUAUGCAGGGUAUUGUAUGGUAUCGAGAUUGAAUAAUAUACGGAGAACUCCUAAUACUGCUCAAUAUUUACAAGUUCCAGCCGCGGGUCAUAAUUUGUUCUUAGAUAAUCCUGAAUAUUUCAGUUCUGCUUUAGCGAGUUUCUUUAAAGAAUAA